AUGGUGGUAAAGUGCUGGACCAAGCAGAAGGAAGACAAUCGGGGAGCUCGACGCGGCGGCAAUGCUCGUGGACGCGGAGCGAAUCAAGUUCAGUGGAAAAGCUACAACGGCAACAACAACUAUGACCAUGAUCGAGUGGCGUUUUCUGUUUUGCUGGAAUGCGGACUUUCAACGACCAAGAGCAUGUCUGGAAUGUGGGCGAUUGACAGCGGUACAACACAUCACAUCUGCUAUGACAAGUCCAAGUCUGAAGUUAUGGACGAGCGCAAUGAAGGUGAAGUGUUGGUUGCAGAUGGGAACAAGGCUGCGAUCAACGGUGUCGGGACAAUCGUCGAAAAGGUGGUCCUGUCAAAUGGUGAAGAGCGCGAAGUCAAGAUCAAGAACGCGCUUUAUGUUCCAAGAAUGAACAAGAACUUGCUGUCGAUACCACAAAUCAACAAAAGCGGCAAGUUUCAAGUGGUGUUUGAUGUUGAAGAAAUGAAGAUUUCGCACAAAGGCUCCAAGCAAGUAAUGGCGAUGGCCGAUCUUGUGGAUUGUUGA